AAAAGCAUCAAAACGCACCAGGACUAGGAGGAGAGCUUUCCGCUGAAAGAAAAACAGAGAGAAAACAAUAAGACGGGAGAAAUGUGUUGAAAUGAGAGCGGAGUGAGGAUCACGAGAGACGGCACCGCUUCACAGGAAGGUCAUUCCCGAAAAUCAUAAGCGGUGCGCAGACUAUACGGAUAUUUGGAGUAUACAACCCGACUGCAAGUGAAGACCCCGAAACAGUGAAACAUUGUCCCGGCUUUUUAUUUUUUUCUCUAAAGCAAGGCAUGGGGGGAUUUACAUCUCGACAAGGCAGCACGGGAUAGAAGAUCUGACGAGCGGAGUGAGGACAGUGAAUAAGGACCUCGCUGUGGAGAGGAGCUGCGUUAACUGUGACCGUUUCUCCUCGUCUGUAAGCCGGCGGGCUCCAGUAUCGCAGCCGAUGACUGUCCCUCAGGUGGCUGGACUGCAGGGCUGAGUGGGAAGUUUUUCGCUGAGGGGGGUUUCCCCGGCUUGUAUGUUGGUCACUUGCAGUUGCACUCGCUCACAAGGACCAUGUGGUUCUCUCCAAGGAGAAGUCGUCUCCCCUCGCAGAACUGGCACGGUGCCCACAGUUGCACCAAAUUCAGCGUGUCCUUGUGGGUGUUGAGUUUUUGUUGGUGCUUUGCGGCCGUGAGAGGUCAGAACUACCACCCCACUGUGAACACGCAGUACGGGAAACUCCGAGGGGUGAGGGUGCCCCUGCCUAGUGAGAUUCUGGGGCCGGUGGAUCAGUAUUUGGGGGUUCCAUACGCCGCCUCCCCGGUGGGAGAGAAACGCUUCAUGCCCCCUGAGCCUCCUUCCUCCUGGUCAGGGAUCAAGAACGCCACUCACUUUGCUCCCGUCUGCCCCCAAAAUAUUCACAACGCUGUGCCAGAGAUCAUGAUGCCUAUAUGGUUCACCUUCAACCUGGAUAUAGUUACCACAUACAUACAGGAUCAACACGAGGAUUGUCUUUAUCUAAACAUCUAUGUUCCAACUGAGGAUGUCAAAAGAAUAUCCAAGGAAUGUGCCAGGAAACCCAACAAGAAAAUGUGUAGAAAAGGAGGGGCCCAUGCAAAAAAACAGGGCGAGGAUUUAUCGGAUAACGACGGUGAUGAAGAUGAAGACAUACGAGACACUGGGGCCAAGCCUGUGAUGGUCUACAUCCACGGAGGGUCCUACAUGGAGGGGACGGGCAACAUGAUCGAUGGGAGCGUCCUGGCCAGCUACGGAAAUGUCAUCGUUAUCACUCUCAACUACCGUGUCGGCGUCCUCGGCUUCCUCAGCACCGGUGACCAGGCUGCUAAAGGGAACUACGGACUCCUGGACCAGAUCCAGGCUUUACGGUGGAUCAGCGAGAACAUCGGCUUCUUCGGAGGCGACUCCAACCGCAUCACUGUGUUCGGUUCUGGGAUCGGAGCUUCCUGCGUCAGCCUGCUAACCCUCUCCCACCACUCUGAAGGUUUGUUCCACAGAGCCAUAAUUCAGAGCGGGUCAGCCCUCUCCAGCUGGGCGGUGAACUACCAGCCGGUCAAGUAUACGCGUCUCCUGGCAGAGAAGGUGGGCUGUAAUGUCCUGGACACCUUAGACAUGGUGGACUGUCUGAGGAAGAAGAGCUCCAGGGAGCUAGUGGAGCAGGACAUACAACCAGCAAGGUACCACGUGGCCUUUGGACCUGUAAUCGAUGGGGAUGUUAUCCCGGAUGACCCCGAGAUCCUGAUGGAGCAGGGCGAGUUCCUCAACUACGACAUCAUGCUGGGGGUCAACCAGGGUGAGGGGCUGCGGUUUGUGGAGAACGUGGUGGAUUCAGAGGACGGCGUGUCCGGUAAUGAUUUUGACUUCUCCGUGUCAGACUUUGUGGACAGUCUGUAUGGGUAUCCGGAGGGCAAGGACACAUUGAGGGAGACCAUUAAGUUCAUGUACACAGACUGGGCAGACAGAGACAAUCCAGAGACCAGGCGCAAGACGCUGGUGGCUCUGUUCACAGACCACCAGUGGGUGGAGCCAUCGGUGGUGACGGCUGAUCUCCACGCUCGCUACGGUUCACCCACCUACUUCUACGCCUUUUACCAUCACUGCCAGAGCCUGAUGAAGCCAGCCUGGUCGGACGCAGCCCAUGGGGACGAGGUGCCCUAUGUUUUUGGAAUUCCUAUGAUUGGUCCCACUGACCUUUUCCCCUGUAACUUCUCAAAGAACGACGUCAUGCUCAGUGCUGUGGUCAUGACCUACUGGACCAACUUUGCCAAGACUGGGGAUCCCAACAAACCGGUUCCCCAAGACACCAAGUUCAUCCACACCAAGGCUAACCGCUUUGAAGAGGUGGCCUGGUCCAAGUACAACCCCCAGGACCAGUUGUACCUGCAUAUCGGCCUGAAGCCACGAGUGCGUGACCACUACCGCGCCACCAAAGUGGCCUUCUGGAAACACCUAGUGCCCCACUUGUACAACCUCCACGACAUGUUCCACUACACCUCCACCACCACCAAAGUGCCCCCGCCAGAGACCACCCAGAACACCCUGUCCACCAAGAGGCCCAAUGGGAAAACUUCCUGGCCGUUCAACACCAAGCGGCCUCCGAUGUCCCCGGCUUACAACAGUGAGGACAAAGACUCUUGGAGCGACGACGAGGAGACGGGGCCGCUGGUGGUGGAGAACCCGCGGGAUUAUUCCACCGAGCUCAGUGUCACUAUCGCUGUCGGAGCCUCGCUGCUCUUCCUAAAUGUACUUGCUUUCGCGGCCCUCUACUACCGCAAGGACAAGCGGCGGCAGGACUCCGGCCACGGGCAGCCAAGCCCGCAACGCCAGACCACCUCCAACGACAUUGGCCACCAUGCGCCCGAGGAGGAGAUCAUGUCACUGCAGAUGAACCAGACGCACCAUGAGUGCGAGGCGGGGAACAGCAACGAGGGGGCACUGCGCUUGGCCUCGCUGCCCGACUACACGCUCACUCUGCGGCGCUCUCCGGACGACAUACCCCUCAUGACCCCCAACACCAUCACCAUGAUCCCCAAUUCCCUGGUGGGUAUGCCCAACCUGCACCCCUACAACACCUUCACAACCGGCUUCAACUCCACCGGCCUGCCGCACUCCCACUCAACCACCCGCGUAUAG